UGUGACUGCGAGGUCCUGUUUCAAUCACUGGCGUCAGACAGGCGCACGGCAAGAACUCAAGCCCUUUCACCUUCUCUGUGCAUAUCGUAAAUAUUGAUUGGAAUGCGACCAGAAUUUUUGCACUUUUAAUUCUUGACCACAACAACGUAAUCUGCGUGUGUACUUCACAUACUCGGGACUUUGGGAACGUCCAUCGCUAUGCCUGUAUUACUUUUCCCGUUCGGAUCAAAUGAAAGACACUGAAAUGGAAUGUUAAUUAUUCUCAUUUGAGUUUCACGCCAUAUAAUAAUUUUUGCACUGGAAUGGUGCGAUACGUGGAUCUAUAUACCGUUCCAUAGCUUCACACAUUUUGCUUUGAUCAUAUAUAGUUUUUUUUCUGAAUGUGUUGCAAAUAUGAUGUCAUCGGCUUCACUUUUCCUCAAGUUAUGGCGGAGCUGAGGUUUUCUAACUUUCUUUGACCAGUGAGAGCACUUGCCUUUGCUAAUGGAGAACCUCCAGGGAGCGUGGAAGAGCCUGAACAACGGCUUUGGCCUUAAGGACUCCGUGUUUGAAGGGCCCUGCCUCUCUCCCACCAUGGUCCAGGGAUUCCCGUACCAGCGGCGCUCCUCAGACGAUAGCAAGGCGCCCGACUCCAAGGCGAGCAGCACCAUCCGAGUCUACCUCCCCAACCAGCAGCGCACUGUGGUCAACGUGCGAGCAGGUAUGACCCUGCACAGCUGCUUGAUCAAAGCCCUUAAGGUUCGGGGGCUGCAGCCAGAGUGCUGUGCUGUCUUCAGACUGCACCAUGGACAAAGGAGUAAAAAGUUGCGAAUGGAUUGGAACACUGAUUCUACCUCACUGAUUGGGGAAGAACUGCUGGUGGAGGUUUUAGAUCACGUACCACUGACAACGCACAAUUUUGUUCGGAAAACAUUUCUGAAGUUGGCCUUCUGCGAUAUUUGCCAGAAGUUCCUGCUGAACGGUUUCCGCUGCCAAACAUGCGGCUACAAAUUCCAUGAGCAUUGCAGCACCAAAGUGCCCACAAUGUGCGUGGACUGGAGCAACAUCAGACAACUCUUGUUAUUCCCAACACCGGGUGAAAGUGGUGGUCCCUCCCUUCCUCCCUUGACAUCCAGGAGAAUGAGAGAGUCCCUGUCCCGCCCCCCUAGCAGUUCCUUGCACCGCUACUCCACCCCUCACGCCAUCAACUACACCACGGCCUAUCCCCCUACAGUGGGCGCUCUGUCCCAGAGGCAGCGCUCCACCUCCACGCCCAACGUCCACAUGGUCAGCACCACCCUGCCCAUCGACAGCAGCAUGAUCGAGCUAGCCUGCCUGAAUGCCUCCCCUAGCUCCUGGUGCCGGAGGUUUUGGCUGAAGAGGAGAGUAGGUAUUGUCCGCUUCUCCAACUCUUUAGACGUGCCGUCAGAGAGCCCAGACCAGGAUGCAAUGCGUGGGCCUGACUCGGCAGCGAGCUCCCCUAGCCAGAGUCCCACAGAGUGGUCCCAGUCCCAGCCCAAAGCCCCUGCGCCCACCCAGCGAGAGAGGGCUCCGUCCUUCAACUCUCAGGAGAAGAACAAAAUUAGACCAAGGGACAAGCGAGACUCCAGCUACUAUUGGGAGAUUGAAGCCUCUGAGGUAGUUCUGCACUCUCGCAUUGGCUCAGGCUCUUUUGGAACCGUAUACAAAGGGAAAUGGCACGGGGAUGUGGCCGUGAAGAUCCUAAAAGUGGUUGACCCCACACCAGAGCAGUUCCAGGCCUUCAGGAACGAGGUGGCUGUCCUGAGGAAGACACGACAUGUCAACAUCCUGUUGUUCAUGGGCUACAUGACGAAAGACAACCUGGCUAUCGUGACCCAAUGGUGUGAUGGGAGCAGCCUCUACAAGCACCUGCACGUUCAGGAGACCAACCUCCAGAUGUUCCAGCUCAUUGACAUUGCCAGGCAGACAGCUCAGGGCAUGGACUAUUUGCAUGCCAAGAACAUCAUCCACCGUGACAUGAAGUCAAACAAUAUCUUCUUACAUGAAGGCCUGACGGUGAAGAUCGGAGACUUUGGUCUGGCCACGGUCAAAGCCAGGUGGAGCGGCUCUCAUCAGGUGGAGCAGCCCUCCGGAUCCAUCCUGUGGAUGGCUCCUGAAGUGAUAAGGAUGCAGGACAACAACCCGUACAGCUUCCAGUCUGACGUCUACUCCUAUGGCGUUGUGCUGUACGAGCUGAUGACGGGAGAGCUGCCCUACUCCCAGAUAGCCAACAGAGACCAGAUCAUCUUCAUGGUGGGUCGUGGCUACCUGUCUCCAGACCUCAGUAAGCUCUACAAGAGCUGCCCUAAGGCCAUGAAGAGGCUGGUGGCUGACUGCAUUAAGAAGAUCAAGGAUGAGAGGCCACUUUUUCCCCAGAUCCUGUCAUCCAUUGAGCUGCUGCAGCACUCGCUUCCUAAAAUAAACCGAAGUGCCUCUGAGCCCUCGCUGCACAGAGCCUCUCACACGGAGGACAUCAACGCCUGCACUCUGACCUCCAGCCGACUGCCUGUCUUCUAGCCCAGCUAGCACUGCCUCUGGCCACCAUCAGGCUGCCUGUCUUUUAGCACAACAAGCACUGCCGCCUGCCUCUUUUGCCUCUUGCCUCUGAUAAGACUGCCUUUAGUCUACCACAGAAAGCACUGUGUCUGGCCUUUCCUGCCCCCAGGCAUCCAUGUAGCCACUAUGUAAGGAGAGAGGAAUGGGGUGUUUUGACUUUGUGGAAAGAGGCAGUGUAUGUUUCUGAUCACUGACUGAUCUGCACCAGUGGAAGAUUGAUGUAAAACAUAAGAGUCAUGCAAACCAACUCGUGGAACAGUGUAGAGAUGAAUUCACGUGAUGAUGUACUACAGAGCCCUUGCACUCUCCAUUGCUAUUAUGCGUGCAAUGGUCAGAAUGGCAAUAAUGUGGUUUAUCAAAUAUGUAAAUAUUGAGCAAGCAAAGCUACCUAGAGACAGAGAAGCAGGGUCAUUGAAGGAAUCUCAAGAGAGAAGUGACUCUUCAGUUGGAAAGCACACCCUUCUUUCUGUUUGACUGCCCUCGGUUCUUAUGAAGAGGACUGCCGUAGCUUAUCGUACCUGCUUGAAGGAACAAGCCUACAAUCCUGCACAACUACACCUCCCAGGAUUAUAAACAAACGAUGCAGUCCAUUUCUUGCACAGGAGUAUUUGAUUUUACAUUUUCCAUUGUCUUAAUCAGAACCGUGUAAAUAUUUAAAAUUAUUAUCAUCGUCUUCAUAUCAAUGUCAUUGCUUGUUUUCCUAUUUUCUCAAGUCUGGAAAUGAAGUACAUAUAGUCAGCAGAAGGCAAGCAUGAGUGAUUGAGGGAAAAUGUUUUAAUUUGCACAUUUUAACAAAAGCGAUGGCUGUGUUUCUUCAGUCCAUUAAAUUGGUUCAUGGCUUGUAGUCAGAUCAGUAGCUAAUGAACACACAGUUUGAUCAGUGUGUGUUAUGAGCGGGCCAUCGUGAGCUGGAUAUUGGGCAGUUGUCUUUAAUAUUUAAGAAUGAUUUGAAAUCUAAUUUGUCUGCCACGUCUUUUUUUCUGGAGGUUAAACAUUUUAUUGAAAACUUGAAUGUCAUUUGUUCUCUAUUGUUUUAAUAAAGUUAAGUUAAACUGAUGCAUAACUGUCA